AACAUAAAACAAAAACAUAAGGCGCGAAGCCCAUCAUCUCGAAUCCCUUUCCUCUCUUCAUUCAUUCAGUUAAGCGAACCCUAUCGCACUCAAUCCUCCUUCUACUGACGGCACACGCGACGCGACGCAGGAGGAAGAAGAACAUAUCCGUGACUAUGACGGAUCGACACAAACAUUUUCUCCGUCAACCCUUAUCAGCUAGGGAAAUGACAUCAAGUGUCAAUAUUCCAUGAACGCGCUGAUCAAAUUUCACCAGGACGCGCUGAUCAAAUAUCACCAGGAACUUUUGAGCCACAUUGAACACUGUAUGGAGGAUCCCUCUGCUGAUUUGAAGCCUGACAUUGCUGAACCAGUCGAUGAGUCUCUUGAUUUCGCUAAACACUUUGCCACCGAUAAAGAAUUUACUACUCGAGAUGACCUGCUGAAAUGGGUUCGAGGUGAAGCAACCAAGUUAGGGUUUGGUAUUGUUAUUUCAAAGUCAAAUAAUAGAGGAACACAAACUCUUCUACUUGAAUGCAAAAGGAGUGGUGUAUAUAAGAAGCACUCGAAUCGCCAAGACACAAGAUUCAAAAAAUGUGAGUGUCCAUUCAGAUUGCGGGGUUAUUUUUUGUCCUCUGGUGUAUGGGAACUUACCGUAAUGUGUGGAAAACACAAUCAUGAGAUGAUGGAAAAUUUAGAAGAUAAUCCUAUUGCAGGCCGUUUAAACGAGGAAGAGAUGAAACUCGUUCAUGAGAUGACAAAUAACACUGUCCGUCCAAAAAAUAUUCUUAUGACUUUGAAGAAAAGAAGAGCUGACGAUGGGAUUACUAUCAAGCAGAUUUAUAAUGCACGUUCAAGGUAUAACAAGUCUAUGAAGGGUCCAAAAUCUGAAGAGUUGGUUGAUGAUGACGGUGUGCCAAAGGAAGAUUGUUCAGAUAUAUCUAUUUUGCCAGAGUUGGAAGCGAUUCAGAUUCGGUUUAACAAUGCUGAUUACAAUACGAAGAUACUUAUUAAGGAGCAGCUGCAUCAAAUAGCUUUCCCAGAAACGAUGGCGCCAUGUCCUCCUGCAGAGAAGGAAAAUUGGGACUUUUAUGAUUUCGAAACUUGUGAAAUAUGAUGUUUUGGAAGUGGUUUUUGGUGGAAAAGGAAAUAUUGGAAACGAGUUUUGGGAGUUUGGGAUUUUGAGAAAUGGUUUUGAAGUUUUGAGACAACUUGAAAUGAGGAAGGACAUCGGGGGAGCCAGAAACAACACUUUAGGGGGCUGCUUUAUGUACUUUUAAAAAAUAGGCUUAAUUUUAUAAAUGGUCCUUUAACUUAUUUGUUGUUUUCAAUUUGGUCCCUUAACUCUAAAAAAUUUCCGUUUGGUCCCUCAAAUAUGCUCCGUCAGACAAUUUGAUCCA